AUUGUGCUAAGAUUGUACCCUUUGAUGCAAUCAAACAAAGUUGACAAAGAUUAAAGUCAUUCCAGUUUAAAGUCUGGCAUUUCUGGUACCAGUUCGUACUCUGCUCCACCUUUUUUUGUCAACUGAUCUUUUCGAAACGGUUGACUUAUUAUUCAUGAAAAAAGCCAGCCGUACGGUUCCACAUAUAGGUACAUGUUUAUGCCAGCAAGAUUAUACUGAACGGAUUUUGCAAAAAGGCCAUUGUUGACUUAUUGAAAUGCUGUAAAUAGAUUUAACUCAUGCCAGGAAUGCCAUUGAGAAGGGACAAAAGGAUAUUACAUUGGUUUCGGUCUGUUGGUAAUACCGGCAGGAAGCUUGUAGUGAGUGGAUUAUUCAUUCAUCAGCUCAACUAGUUUCUGAAGCACUUGGAGUAGGGGACUGUUUACCUGUUUGGUGGACGCGCUGUGAUUUGUGCCGAUUGGUUCCCAAGAUUCUAAUCGGACCAGCGUUCACUUUAAGUAUUGGGUUUACAUCAGUGGAUGAUUGUGGUUGUCGAACCAGCACUUAUCAGAACAGUUGCGUUAUCACAAAACUUCAGCCAGAACUUCCAAGAAUUUUGACAGUGGAAUACAGACCCGACAACAGUGAAACAGUGUUCACCCCGUGCUUGCUUAUUUUCCGUUAUCUUGGAUUUGAAAAGUACUUGAAAAUUGAUUAUCCGAACCAAACUGCAUGAGUGCUUGUGAAAUAGUUGACAUUAGUGCAACACUGAACAGAGCAGUUACUUUGCAGAAAGCCUUCAGCCGAGAAUUUUUCUGUAGACAACCUCCUAGGUCAGACAGCGAAAAUAACUCCAACCGUGAAACAGCAUCAGUUGUACAGAUAAACCUUCAAAGAAAAGUUCUUCAUGUAGAGGCAGUUACAAUUUGAAGUCUGCUAAAGCAAAUCGUGUGACUAGCUCCAUCCAAUUUCAAAGUUUGAACCAAACUAAAGUCCGCAACCAUGAAGCGUUCGAGUCGUAAGAAGCCGUCCGACACCUCGCCCAACGACAAGCCGAAGCCUAAGCCAUCCAAGCCAGCCGGCCCUCAAGCCAUGGUCGGCACCAAGGAGAAGCCGCUCUACAUUAACGAGAGCCUUCAGUCGUUCGUCACCGAAGAGGAGGGCUAUGGCUCGGAGGAGUACGAGCUGACGGAGGAGUACAAGUCGCCGCUGGCCGAGGCGCCCAGCUAUCACUCCUACCUCAGCAUCGUGCCUGACUAUUAUGGAGAUGAGGAGGAGGAGGCCCACGAUGGGGGCGGGGCUUAUCCCAAACCAGAGGAGCCCCUGUCCUCCCCAGACUCCACCCCACUGUAUGACAACACACCGGCCAGCACGCCCAGCGACUUACCCAGCCCUGGGGUGGAGGUUGAACAAGACGAAGCCGAGAGGGAGAAAUUGCGGUUGGAACUGGCCGAGGUUGAGAGCGACAUUCUUACGCUGAGGCAGACGUUGCGAGCCAAGGAGGCCCACUCCAAGGAGAUCAAACGGAAGCUGGGCAUCACGCCCAUGAAUCAGAUGAAGGAAGGCUUCCAGCACGGAUGGCAAAACUUCCAACAGUCCAACGCAUACGUCUCCACAAGUACAAAACUCACAGAAUGGAAUGAGAAAGUCACGUCGUCCGAAGCAUAUAACAAGACGAAAACGGGCCUUGCCACCGCCGGACAGAAGACCACGUCAGCAUUCAACACCUUCGGCUCGGCAGUUUCCAAGAAGCUGGGCGAUAUGAGGGAAUCCAACACCUUCAAAUCGUUUGAGGAAAAAGUCUCGUCUGCGACGACUUCAAUCAAGACCAAGGUAACAGGUGGCAAGACUCAAGAGUCCAGUUUUGAGGAGGUUCUGCAGAGCACGGCGAGCGCCGAGCAGCAGCAGGACUCUCACGCCAACUCAGCCCUGCUGGAGGAGGAGAAGAUUCCCUUGUAGGCUCACAAUCGUUGUCGUCGCUCCGUGUUGUUUUGUUUGUUCCAUUCAGUGUUUUGUCUGUUGGCUCAAGCGUAGAUACUUACAACUUAAAUGGGAUUUAGGCUUUGUUUUGGAGUAAUUAAGCUCGGGAGAAGUUUGCGGAUGCAACAUGUGAAGGGACUGUCCGUAAAGACAAGGGAAGUCUAGUAAAGAUGUUUGUAGACCAGUCGCCGUCACAAGUGGCAGUCAGGUCGGGUAGCGAUACUUUCCUCGCCUUCCACCGCUGUGACCCGGGUUCGAAUCCCGUGGGGGCCAAGAUGUGGAUUGGGUUUUCAGUCCCUACUUGAUUCCGUGGGUUUUCCCAGAGUAUUCUUCUAGGGUUUUCCUCCCACCUCUGAAACUAUGGUGGCUUGAUUGCACUUGCCAGGAACUUGCUGCAUUAGGAGAGCAAAAUCUAAAUCCAGUUUUUGACCGCGAUUACUGUAGUUUCUUUCAGAGCAAAUCUCUUUUUAAGAUUGUCGCUUCACAAAAGUGUGCAUCCGCAAACUUUUCUCAAGUUAUUUAUGGGAAUGAACAGUCAGACCCAAGGAAGGGUUGGGGUGGGGCAAAUGUAGGGGUAUGUAGGGAUGAGGGAAGGGAAGGAACCUUGAAAGUUAACUCAAACACUCCCAGAUCCUUCCAAAUUGAGGGUUUGUAGGAUUUUGCAGGAUAGCAGAAGACAGAGAAUGGACACUAUUGCUUUACGCUUGAUGCCACUUGAAACUUGGUAGGUACAAAGAGUGUGCCAUUGGGUUCCUGCACAGUGGAAGAUUUUGUAGGAUUGAGGAAGGUAGAGACCAGCCAAUAAACGUUUACAUUGGACUUGAUGCUCCUUGAAACUUGGUAGGUACAAAGAGUGUGCCAAUUUGGUUACUGCGCAGUGGAGGAUUUUGGAGGAGGAGGAUUUCUCACAAAAUAUGUUUAGGUUCAUAGUAAUUUGACCACUUUUUUUUCCUUGGAAAACUCUGCUGGAUAUUAUUCAGACAAAAGGGGCCAUUGUUUUUGUGGAAGAAACCAAAUUAUGAAUGAUUGUUAAAGAAAUGUUAUUAGCUAAAAAAUAAAUAAAGGUGAGCAAAUGUUUUAGUUCUUUUAAUAACAAGGAUAGAAGUUUGGAAAAUUCAAUGACAGAUUUUAUUCAUUUGUUAUUUUCCUGUAUA